AGAAACAUUAAUAGACAUUUGAUAAACAAUGUAAAUAAAUGAAGUAAAUUUUCUCAGCACUAUUUAUUUUUUUUCGUUUAGUUUUCACAAAAUCGGACGAAAACUUUCUUUCACUAACUUUCGCUAUUCAAGUUCAAAAAUUAUUUCCUUUGUCGGCUGUUUUUUUACAGAGGAGGAACUUACAAGUUGGAAAAAACACUGAAAACAAAUUCUACAAAGUUAAAGUGUCUCAACUUCAUUUAAGCCACUGUAGUGUAAACAGCAAAAACAUCAGAACAAAAAAAUGUCUUGGAUAUUCGGUAGAAAGAAGACUCCCCAAGAAAUGCUGAGACAGAGCCAGAGGGCCCUGAACAAAGCCAUGAGGGACAUUGACAGGGAGAGACAAAGUAUGGAAAACCAGGAAAAGAAAAUCAUCAUUGAUAUAAAAAAAAUGGCCAAACAAGGACAGAUGGAUGCAGUUAAAAUCCUAGCAAGAGAUUUGGUUCGUACGCGUCGAUAUGUCAAAAAGUUUAUUUUGAUGAGAGCUAACAUACAGGCAGUUUCUUUAAAGAUUCAAACCCUGAAAUCAAACGAUGCAAUGGCCUCAGCCAUGAAAGGGGUCACAAAGGCCAUGGCAACCAUGAACAAACAGAUGAAGCUGCCCCAGAUCCAGCAGAUAAUGCAGGAGUUCGAGAAACAAUCGGAGAUCAUGGACAUGAAGGAGGAGAUGAUGAAUGACGUCAUUGAUGACGCCCUCGGAGAGGAUGACGAUGAAGAAGAGAGUGAGGCCAUAGUUACGCAAGUACUCGAUGAACUUGGCUUACAGAUGGCUGACCAGCUAUCAGAUCUCUCAGCUCCUAGCAGCAAGGUAGGCGCAGUCACUAAGCAGCAACCGAGCGCUGUAGCAGCUGGCGUUUCAGACGCAGACGCCGAUCUAGAGGCUAGACUGGAGAAUCUCAGAAGACAAUGAUCAUCACUGUCUUCUUCACCUUGUGUGUGUCUGAAUGUGUACGUCUGUCUGUAAGUGUGUCUGUGUGUAUGUGUGUGUGUGUCUCAGUGAGUGUACUAUAUUUCCUAAUGCGUUAUCAACAAUACAUACAUAAUGACGAUAACUAUGAAUAUAUCAGAUUAUUAAACAUGACUGUUCAAUUUAUGAUGCUUCUGUAAUUUGUUUACAAAUUAUUACGUUAUAUUUAGUAAAUAAAUAAAAACUUGUUACAUCAAA